AUGCCGGCGCACAUUGAUGUCGUCAUCCAAACGCCGCAGUUCAAACCUAAAACUCGGGUUUGGGACUGUUUUUCAAACAGAAAAUAACAACAAAGACAACAGUUACCAGAGUCAUGUCAGUAAAUUAUGCUGCCGGAUUGUCACCUUACGCAGAUAAGGGGGUCUGCGGCCUUCCUGAGAAGUUUGACAGUCCUGAAGAGCUGAAGGAGAAGGUGCAGACUCUUGCUGAGUUGGUUAAAGAAUCUCAGUACCUGGUCGUCCACACUGGAGCUGGCAUCAGCACCUCAGCCGGCAUCCCUGACUUCAGGGGUCCCAAAGGAGUGUGGACUCUAGAGGAAAAGGGUGAGUCGCCUCACUUUGAUACGACGUUUGAAGACGCUCGGCCCAGCUUGACUCACAUGGCCCUCCUGGGACUGGAGAGGGCCGGCUACCUCAAGUAUCUGAUCAGCCAGAACGUUGACGGCCUGCAUGUUCGUUCAGGCUUUCCCAGGGACAAGUUAUCAGAGCUUCACGGAAACAUGUUUGUGGAGGAGUGUGAGAAGUGUGGCAGACAAUAUGUCAGAGACAAGGUGAUUGGCGUGAUGGGACUCAAACCAACAGGCCGUUUCUGCAGUGUGGUGCGAUCCAGAGGACUGAGGGGCUGCAGAGGGAAGCUGAUCAGCACAAUAUUGGAUUGGGAGGACGCACUUCCUGACAGGGAUCUGAACCGAGCGGAUGAUGCAAGCAGGAAAGCAGACCUGGCACUGACUCUGGGCACGUCCAUGCAGAUCAAACCCAGCGGAGACCUCCCACUCCUCACAAAGCGCAAAGGAGGGAGGAUAGCUAUAGUCAACCUGCAGCCCACAAAGCAUGACAAACAGGCCCACCUCCGUAUCCAUGGUUACGUGGACGAGGUCAUGAAACAGCUGAUGGAGCAGUUAGGCUUAGACAUCCCAAAGUGGGAGGGACCUGUUGUGCAUGAGAGCUCUGAAGUCCUGCCCGACAUCAAACCACCGCACUGCAUUUCUGCUGACGGGAAGGUGAAAAAGGAAGAAAUUAAAAUAGAGAGAAAAAGAGAAGCAACACAACUAACAGGCGAGGAGGAUGUGAAGGAGGAGGCAGGUUCAGUAAAAAAGGAGAGAGCAGAUUUGACAUUGUUAAUAAAUGAAGAAAAAUAACCUCAGGUCCUUUUUCUUUCUUAAUACAUUCUCAACUUAACCUCAUCCAAAAACAAAGCACACGUCUGAAGGUGUUCGGUCUCAUCAGGUUUUUGAGAACUGAAGACUUUGUGUGGCGACUUUGAUGAUCUGACUUUUCUGACGCUCUGCCUCCAUCCGUAACAAGCAGAGAAGGGAGACAGAUUCAGCCAAACUCUCACAAAUUGGAUGCUUGAUUGGAAAUGCUUUUUUUUUUUUCCUGAGUGCACAGACUGUGUUGUAGAAAGCGAGCCGCCCCUCAUAGCCAAGUUGACGUGGAGCUUAAUUCACUGGUUGAACAAGUCUGAAAUAGUGAGGACAACACCAUGAGAUCUGGAGCACAUCGUUAUACAUAAAGUUUUUAAUACGGUGUGUAAGUUUGCUGCACCUUAUUAAUAUUUAUAGCUGUGCGCUCCAGAUCCCGUCCCUGCAGAUCUGGUCUUUUAAGACUCCUUGGUUUGAAGCAUUAUGAAAAGGAAUAACAAGUGAGGCGCUCUGUCUCACGGAGUAACUGCUACUCACAGUGCGGGGAAAUUAUAGGUCAUGUGUAAUUUUUGGACCAUAAAUAACUCAUAAAUCAGAGCAUAUGUUUCUAGGAACAAGCUGUUAUCUAAGGGAAAAAAAUGAUUGUUCUUUUACCAAAAACAUUUUUUUUUAUAUUUCUUACACUGUUCAGUAUAUAAACACACACAUAUAUAUGUUUUGCCAAUAAAUACCUUACAAUUUUUGGGGGAAAAA